AUGUUGCAUCCAGGAAAACCACUCGAAGCAGCCAAUGGUACACCCAUAUUUGGAGGUAGUACUCAUCGCUUGGCUAUCCUUUUCGACGAACUCAGAGCAGAAGGAAAAAAUGCAGGAGAUCGCUUGAUGAAUGCAAGACGAGGUCCAUAUUUUACUAGGGCAUUCAAUGUUCUUUUCGGACAGGAUACUCAGAAUGUCAAUAAUGGGGUUGAUGAGGAUGAACAGACGGCAUUGGCGCUGAGAAAAUAUUUCUUGGCUUUGAAGGGAAUGAGGCAUGAGGAGGUGCAGGUUAAUGCUGAUCUUAGGUUUUGUGGGUUUUGUUCUUUGAGGUUUGGGGAGUUUAUAAGAGGUUCUGAUAUUUUUCAUUUAGAUUGUGAUAAUGACACACGAUGGGUUCAGAAAACAGAAGAUGGAGAAAUGAGAUGGAAAGGUGAGCAGCUUUAUCAUGUCAUCUGA